UCGCCUCAUUGCCGCUUUGGUUCGACAAGAAUAGCCAAAGUGUUAACUGCGCUCGAUCGGAGUGGUUGAGUGUUUGAAUUUUUGUUCGCUUUUCGAUUUGUAAUAAGGACAACAAACAAACGCGUUCGCUUGUAUUGAGCAAAUAAAACGUAAUCGGGAAUGUAAAGUGAUAUUAGAAAAGAAAGAAAUAAGAAUUUAUUCUAUCGGCUACAUUACAAAUUUCCAAAGUUGGCGAAGAUCACUAGAAUCUAUCGGACGUAUCAAUUUAAGUGAAACGUGCAUAAAUGCUAUCGGCUCGAGAACAGUUUUUCACGUCUUCCACUAUGCCGACAUCGGCAUUGGGGCUGGGCAUUGAAGUCGUUGAUGAACAACGGACAACUCCUGUAUAUAACUCAACAACAGUGCCAAUGGCCAAUGUGAAUGGUUGGAGAAAUGGCGGAAGUGGGUUUGCUUCUACGGUUCCCACCAAUACUGCCUCACAAACGCCCGAGACCCGUAUGGAACAACACCAGAUGAAAUCGCUGCCGCCGAAAGGCAAUAACAGUAAUGGUUGUAAUGGAAUUGAGAAACACAGUGAUGAACCUUUUUCGAAUUUGCCUUCACGCCAGCCUGUCGAUAUAGAAUUUAAAGAGCUCUCACUCACCGUACAAAUGGGCUUCGGAAAAGGAGAGAAAGAGAUUUUACACAAUGUUUGUGGAAAGUUUCCCGGCAGUCAGCUAAUUGCGAUUAUGGGCCCCUCCGGUGCGGGAAAAUCAACAUUACUUGAUGCAUUAUCCGGCUUUAAAACAACAGGCGUUGAUGGUUCUAUCCUCCUUAAUGGCCGGCGUCGAGACUUGCCUUCAUUUCGCCGUAUGUCCUGUUAUAUUACACAAGAUGAUCGUCUGCAGCCGCUAUUAACAGUGAAUGAGAAUAUGCACAUAGCGGCGGAUUUGAAAUUGGGCCCAAAUGUAACCUAUGAGCAGAAGGAAGGCAGGAUCGAGGACAUUUUGCUAUUGCUCGGCUUGUAUGAACAUGACCAAACAAUGACAAUGCGACUCUCAGGUGGGCAGAAAAAGAGGCUCUCUAUUGCAAUGGAAUUGAUAAACAAUCCGACAGUGAUGUUCCUUGAUGAACCUACAACUGGUUUGGACAGCAGUUCCUGUACAAAGGUGUUGGAGUUAUGCAAGAAGUUGGCACAACAGGGAAGGACCAUCAUUUGUACAAUCCAUCAACCAACAGCCAAACUUUUCCAGAUCUUCGAUCAAGUUUACGUACUAUCGGCUGGUAAUUGCGUAUACCAGGGAGGCGCAGAGAGAUUAGUGCCAUUUCUACAAAAUGUUGACUUGCCAUGCCCUGUAUACCACAACCCCGCUGAUUACAUUAUUGAACUGGCUUGUGGCGAAUAUGGAAACGACAAAGUUGACAUUCUUAAAACAGCGGUAGAGAACGGAAGUAGCCUAGCAUGGUUUGAAGAUCCCAGCUCCAUUCUACGUGCCGAAGCGCUGAUGCGCAAAUACCCUAUUCCAAAGAAAUCGCAAAAACGUUCAUUGGAGGAUACGAGCUACAUCAAUCAAUUAUCCGUGUUGAUGCGUCGCGGAUAUAUAAAGGCGAGACGCGACACAACGUUAACACAUUUACGUAUCGCGGUUAACGUAUUUGUGGCCAUUAUUCUGGGUUCAUUAUAUACUGGUUCAGGCCGUGAGGGCUCCAGAGUCUUGGACAAUUAUAAUUUGCUGUUUGCCAUACUAAUUCAUCAUUCAAUGACAACGAUGAUGUUGACUGUAUUAACAUUCCCAAUAGAGAUGUCGAUUUUGCUGAAAGAGCACUUCAAUCGUUGGUAUUCUCUAAAGGCUUAUUAUACGUCAAUUACAUUGAUCGAUCUGCCCAUAUCUAUUAUUGGUUGUCUGCUUUUUACCAUUAUAAUAUAUUUAUGGAGUUAUCAACCAAUGGAGUGGAUGCGUUUUUGGAUGUUCUUUGCUAUGAGUUUGCUGACUGUUUUUGUUGGUCAAAGUUUUGGAUUGAUGAUUGGUGCUUGGUUUAGUGUUGUGAAUGGCACUUUCCUGGCACCUGUACUCACUAUUCCCAUGAUGAUGUUCGCCGGAUUCGGAGUUACUCUUCGUGAUUUACCCAGCUAUUUGAAAUGGGGCAGUCAUAUCUCCUAUCUGCGAUAUGGUCUGGAAGGGUUUGUUGGCGCAAUUUAUGGAGAAGGCCGCGGUGUAUUAGAUUGCAAUGAAGCUCCCUAUUGCCAUUAUAGAUAUCCAAAGAAAUUCCUUGAAGAAAUUACAAUGCGUGGUGAUCAAUUCUGGAACGAUUUUAUUGCUCUGUGUGUUAUUACUUUUGUUUUUAGAAUAGUGGCUUUUGUCGUCCUUAAAGCGAAGAUACAUUCUGUAAAAUAAGAUUGUUUUUUUCCACA